AACCCCGAGUGUAAGUUUUCAUUUGUGAAAAACGCAACUAGUGCGUUUGCGUUAAGUUCCAAUUUUGUAUGUAAACUUGAACAGCGCCUCUAGCGGAAACUAUUAGAAAUAAAAUGACGAGUGUAUUUGUACAAACUUUUACUAAUGACGAUGAGUUUCUGAACGUUUCGACUGCGUUCUCAUUCGAAGUCAAGUUUCGUGUGUUUUUGCGAGUGUAAAUGUUAAAUUUGACAGUUUUAAUUGUUUCACAACCGAAACGCGUUAGUAAAGUAAAUCACUUGGCUUUUGGCUUGUGAAAUCAUACGUGGUUUGAAAUAAUUUGUUAACAGAGAAGGAUAUUUAUGACAAUGGCAGCACGUAAUUUUUUUGCCUGGAAGUUAUUAAUGGCUGCAGAAACUCAAGACAGCAGAAAUCAACUUCGGCAAAAACGACGAGCUUGCCGUUCGUCUUUUAAUCCCCUAUGGGAUAUUAGUGAAGUGGAGUUUAGAAAUAGAUAUCGCUUAUCAAAGGAAGCAUUUCUAUUUCUUUGUGAAGAACUAAAACAUUUAACAACCCUAAAGAAAACGCUGCAAAUUAGUCUUCAGGAAAAGGUUCUGGUUGCACUAUUUUUCUAUGCAACCGGGUCUUACCAGCGUCCUAUAGGAGUGGCUAAAAGUCUAUGCCAAAAGAUGUGUAGCGUUUACAUUCAGGAGGUAACACAGGCCCUUAAUCAUCCUGCGAUGCUUGAAAAGUACAUAUCUUUUCCAAAGACACUUGCAGACAGACAAGCAGUCAGUCACAAAUUUUUUACAAAGUAUGGCUUGCCAGGUGUGAUUGGGUGCAUUGAUGGCAGUCAUUUCAAAAUAUUUGGACCUCCAAGUGCAGAGGAACAUUUAUAUUAUUGUCGAAAACAUUACCAUUCAAUAAAUGUGCAGAUGGUGUGUGAUAGUGAUUGCAGAAUUAUAAAUGUAAAUGCUAAAUUUGGAGGGCAAAAUCAUGAUGCGUUCAUUUGGGAGAACAGUAAUGUUAACACCUACAUGCAACAUCUUCAUAACAGGGGUGAAAUAUUUUGGCUCUUAGGCGACUCUGGUUAUCCUCAACGUCCAUGGUUGAUGAUUCCAUUUCUGGAGGUGCACCCAGGGUCACCAGAAGCAAAUUAUAACCAAAAACAUAUGAGAGCUAGAGUGCUCAUAGAAAAUACCUUUGGAAGAUUGAAGAACCGAUGGCGAUGCUUAUGCAAAGAUAGAGUCCUACAUUAUAAGCCUGAAAAGUGUGCACAAAUAAUACAGGCUUGUUGUGUACUACACAAUAUUGCACUUGAUUACAGGGUAGCAGAACCACAUAAUUAUGAUUUCAAUGUACCUCCCCAGCCGAUUGAACAUCUCAGGGAAACAAGAAUCUCAAAUGAAUUAAUACGAGGAAGGGCUUAUAGGGAUCAAUUAGUUAGAAAACUACAGAAUUCACAAUAAAAUUAUCAAUUUCUAUGUGUAGUAUGUGGUGAUCCUUGGCCCAUCAGGCAUGAUAGGGACCAAUACUGUUAAAUGAGUUUCUUUCGGCGUUUCUUCUCAGCAGUGGUCGUUCCGAAAUGCUAGUAGUUUGUAGUUUUGAUAAUAUUACAUAAUUUUAUUUUUUUAACAUGAAAAAGUGCCUGUGAAGGUCUAAUUUCUGAUAAAUGCUUUGACUUGGACUUGGGAGAAACCUUUGUGGACACAAGCAGUGAGUGGACGUCCUUCUGCUGAAACGAUGGAUGUUUUAAUAAUGAAUAGGAUUUUAUUAAAGCAAUAUCCUUGAAAUGCCUAAUAUAAGUAAAUAAAUGUGAUAUACCAUAUGU